ACCACUUGAUGCUGACUGAAGUAUACUGGGGCAGUCAGGGCGGCUUAAGGUUUCUAUUAAAGGGGAUGGGCACUCUUGAUCUUCUCAGAUAUUAACAGAGGAGAGGAACAGAGGAGAGUUGGGGGAACUGAGUGGACACAACGGGAGGAAUAAUCCAUAAAAGAAAUUUGAAAAAGAGAACACAGAUUUCUUCAUUGAAAUAAUUUCAUCUGCAAUCAAAUUCUUCACACAUGCCUUCGUUAGUGGUGAAAUGCAUGCUGCUUUGUACGUUAAUGGGUUGGACGAUGUGUGCCUGUAUGCUGAAGAACCACAUCUUAUGGAUUGAGAGGCAUGACUGUUCCCAGUGUGUGGCUGUCAACACUACUAUCUGCAGCGGGUAUUGUUACACCCAGGACACAAAUUUGAAGGGACGGUUUGGGAGGACCUUCCUGAUCCAGCGUAGCUGCAUGCCUCUCUCUCUGGUGUACCGAUCCAUCUGUGUGCCGGGUUGCCCUCGGGAUGUCAACGCACAGCUGUAUUAUCCAGCGGCUCGCCGGUGCUGCUGCAGGCGCUGUGACACACGCACGGAACACUGUGUCCGCACCAGCCGAGUCUCUCACGACCGAUGCACCUCGACCCAUGGCAGCAUGAAAAGCCAGAACCUGACAAUAUGCUAAUACAAGCAAUGUACAUGCAUGGCAAAUGAUCCAGCUGUUGGACUCGCAGCUGCUUGUUGAUGUUGUACUGCCUCUCAGGUCCUCAUCUGGUCAUGUUGUUUAGUUGUUAGGCAAAAAUAUUGCAAUAAAAUACUGUUGAACAUGUAUUAUAGCUCUAUUGUGAAUGGC